AUGUGUGGUGUAUUUCAGAAGGCAGUGACCUAUGAUGAUGUGCACAUCAACUUCACCCGGGAAGAGUGGGAUUUGCUGAAUCCUUCCCAGAAGAAUCUCUAUAAAGAUGUAAUGCUGGAAACCUACAACAACCUCAUUUCUAUAGGAUACAUUUGGGAAGACCAUAACACUGAAGAACUUUGGCAAUGUUCUAAAAGAUAUGCAAGCCACUUUCUAAAGAAUGAAAAAACACAUACUGGAGAAAAACGGUCUAAAAUUAAGCAGUGUGGGAAAGCUUUUGCAUAUCACAGUUAUAUUCAAGUGCUUAAAAGAAAACACACUGGAAAUAAACCCUAUGAAUAUAAUCAAGGUGAUAAAGACUUUGUUCUUUAUGAAACUCAUCAAAGUCAUAAAAGAACACAUACUGGAGAGAAACCUUAUGAAUGCGAUCAGUGUGGUAAGGCCUUUGCAUGUCACAGUCAUCUUCAAAGUCAUAAAAGAACACAUACUGGAGAGAAACCAUAUGAAUGUAAUCAGUGUGGUAAGGCCUUUGCACAACACAGUAAUCUUCAAAGGCAUAAAAGAACACAUACUGGAGAGAAACCCUAUGAAUGUAAUCAGUGUGGUAAGGCCUUUGCACAGAACAGUGCUCUUCAAUACCAUAAAAGAACACAUACUGGAGAGAAACCCUGUGAAUGCAGUCAGUGUGGUAAGGCGUUUGCAUGUCACAGUGAUCUUCAAAGGCAUAAAAGAACACAUACUGGAGAGAAACCAUAUGAAUGUAAUCAGUGUGGUAAGGCCUUUGCACAACACAGUAAUCUUCAAAGGCAUAAAAGAACACAUACUGGAGAGAAACCCUAUGAAUGUAAUCAGUGUGGUAAGGCCUUUGCUCGACAUGGUGCUCUUCAAUACCAUAAAAGAACACAUACUGGAGAGAAACCCUGUGAAUGCAGUCAGUGUGGUAAGGCCUUUGCUCGACAUGGUGCUCUUCAAAUGCAUAGAAGAACACAUACUGGAGAGAAACACUAUGAAUGUAAUCAGUGUAAUAAGGCCUUUGCAUGUCACAGUGAUCUUCAAAGGCAUAAAAGAACACAUACUGGAGAGAAACCAUAUGAAUGUAAUCAGUGUGGUAAGGCCUUUGCACAACACAGUAAUCUUCAAAGGCAUAAAAGAACACAUACUGGAGAGAAACCCUAUGAAUGUAAUCAGUGUGGUAAGGCCUUUGCACAGAACAGUGCUCUUCAAUACCAUAAAAGAACACAUACUGGAGAGAAACCCUGUGAAUGCAGUCAGUGUGGUAAGGCCUUUGCUCGACAUGGUGCUCUUCAAAUGCAUAGAAGAACACAUACUGGAGAGAAACACUAUGAAUGUAAUCAGUGUAAUAAGGCCUUUGCAUGUCACAGUGAUCUUCAAAGGCAUAAAAGAACACAUACUGGAGAGAAACCAUAUGAAUGUAAUCAGUGUGGUAAGGCCUUUGCUCGACAUGGUGCUCUUCAAAGGCAUAAAAGAACACAUACUGGAGAGAAACCCUAUGAAUGUAAUCAGUGUGGUAAGGCCUUUGCACAGAACAGUGAUCUUCAAAGGCAUAAAAGAACACAUACUGGAGAGAAACCAUAUGAAUGUAAUCAGUGUGGUAAGGCCUUUGCUCGACAUGGUGCUCUUCAAAUGCAUAGAAGAACACAUACUGGAGAGAAACACUAUGAAUGUAAUCAGUGUAAUAAGGCCUUUGCAUGUCACAGUGAUCUUCAAAGGCAUAAAAGAACACAUACUGGAGAGAAACCAUAUGAAUGUAAUCAGUGUGGUAAGGCCUUUGCACAACACAGUAAUCUUCAAAGGCAUAAAAGAACACAUACUGGAGAGAAAUCCUAUGAAUGUAAUCAGUGUGGUAAGGCCUUUGCAAAUCUCAGUCAUCUUCAAAGGCAUAAAAGAACAUAUACUGGACAGAAACCGUAUGUAUGUAAUGAGUGUGGUAAGGCCUUUGCACAGAACGUUGCUCUUCAAUACCACAGAAGAACACAUACUGGAGAGAAACCCUAUGAAUGUAAUCAGUGUGAUAAGGCCUUUGCACGACAUAGCCAUCUUCAAAGGCAUAAAAGAACGCAUACUGGAGAGAAACCCUAUGAAUGUAAUCAGUGUGGUAAGGCCUUUACACGACAUAAUCAUCUUCAAUUGCAUAAAAGAACACAUACUGGAGAGAAACCCUAUGAA